AUGACGUUGGAUUAUCCUCGAACGCUCAUUUACGACCGACCACCAGACCAAGACAAGAGCACAGAAGAAAGUCAUGUCAACGGCCAUUGCUCGCAGUACAGACGCGCCAAGUCGCGGAGCUUUUCUGUGCUAUAUUCACGGUCGGCGACUUCCAUUGUCAAAUUGUUGUCCCAGGUUCCGGAUUUCAUGCCGACCGUUGAGCACCGCUGGGGUCCAUGCGCGGGUCUAGCAGAUCCUGUCGCAGCGAGCUCGAUAUACGCCCUGGUCGUGCCUGGUGCUGGUCCACGAGCGACGUUUUACGACUAUUUGGAGGACGUCGACGACAUAUUUUUGGAUGGUCUUUUGGAUGGUCUUUUGGAUGGUCUUUUGGAUGGUCUUUUGGAUGGUCUUUUGGAUGGUCUUUUGGAUGGUCUUUUGGAUGGUCUGUUGGAUGGUCUUUUGGAUGGUCUGUUGGAUGGUCUGUUGGAUGACAUAGGCUCAUUCGGAGUGACACGCGGUCACUUUACCCAGUUGUCAGGGUGA